AUGUUCUCCAAGUCCCUUCUCCUCUGGCCAGCGAUCGCGCUCGCCUCGGUCACCAUUGAAGAUCCCUCAGAUGUGAUUGAUCCCUCGUGGUGGACCGCGGACAAUGCCAUCAUUCCGGACUACAACAUUCCCUUCCCUGAGUCUGCGAGUGCAGACCAUACCACCUGGUACGCGACAGCCAAUGAUACUAGCGUACUCUUGGUUUCUGAAAAGGGGUCCUUCAAAGGCUCGUAUAUGACAUUUGACAAGAGUGGCUACUCGUCCAACCUGGACGAUGCCAGUUUUUGGGGUUUCAAUGCAGCCAUCAAUGUGGCCAAUGCCUCAACUGCGGUCUUCGAUCAUAUUAAUGUCACUAUUCACAAUGGCGCUGCUGGGUUGUAUGCCUACGGCACUGGGACCGUGGUUAACGUUACCAACUCCUGGCUGUACUCCUCCGGACCCGUGAGCCAUGGUCUCUAUGCUUCUGGAAACGGCACCAUCUACGGCAGCAACCUUCAAGUUUAUUCCGGAGGCCAUCGUUCCUCCAGCUUUUCUGGCGAUUCCCCCGCCGGCUACGUCUAUGUGAAGGAUAGUGUGGCCCAUGCAGCUGGCAUUGGUUCUGCCACUUUCUACGCCUUGGGAUCAAUCGAUGCAAGCAAUGUCGUCAGUGUUUCGGAGAAAGGCCCUGUUAUCUUCGCGGAUGGUUCGCAGACUGCUACCUUGGUUGACUGUGACUGCACGGCGGGACUGCUUGGUGGUGUCGCCAUGUUCAGCAGUCAGGUCAGAAACGACGCUGACAGCCCUGCCACCCUGAACCUGACAAAUACCAAGUUCACCACUACCGGCAAAACAAUGCCAGGUCUCUGGUUCGGCAACCUGAUUGGCCAGGUCACCCUCAACAACGCCGAGCUGAAUACCGAUUCUGGAAUUCUAGUCGUUGCCAAUUACUCACAGAUUACCCAGGACUUUGACUACUACGCCAGUUACGAGGACAACAGCGGCCUCAAGCCUGCUAAAAUUACCGUUUCUGUUUCAGAGUCCGAUCUUGUCGGUGAUUUGGUUGCUUAUAAUGGCAGCUACAUCAGUUGGUCUUUAAGCAAACACAGCACCUGGACCGGCGCUGCCUACUCUGGCUACGCCAAAUCUACUUUCGACGUUGCUCUCGACGCUACCAGUACCUGGACUCUGACUGCUGAUACCACUGUUCAGAAAUUUACCGACGACCUUCACACGCUGAAGAAUGUUCACUCUAAGGGCUUUACUCUACACUACAACUCGACCGUCAACACCUGGCUGGGUGGAAAGACCAUUAAUCUUUCCGGUGGUGGUGUGGCCCGUCCUAUUUCCUCGACUACCAGCCGUGUCCACCGAGAUUCCCGGUCGUGGAAAGUGUAG